GUUCGCAUUCACAUUCAGAAUAAUUAAUAACAAUUGAUAAUAUUAUUUAGCGAACGUCGAAUAAAUAAUAUCAAAAUGACCGAUAAAGCACAAGAACAGAGUAUUAUGGAUAAGUCCAUGCGGUCAGUGUUCGUAGGCAACAUACCCUACGAAGCUACCGAGGAGAAGCUAAAGGAAAUUUUUAGUGAAGUCGGCCCGGUACUUUCGCUUAAACUUGUGUUUGAUCGCGAGAGCGGCAAACCCAAAGGGUUUGGCUUCUGCGAGUACAAGGAUCAGGAAACAGCACUGAGUGCCAUGCGCAAUCUCAAUGGCUACGAGAUUGGUGGGCGCACUUUGCGAGUGGACAAUGCGUGUACAGAGAAAUCACGCAUGGAGAUGCAGCAGCUGUUGCAGGGACCACAAGUAGAGAAUCCGUAUGGCGAACCCUGUGACCCAGACGAUGCACCUGAAUUGAUUACCAAAACAGUUGCCUCCCUGCCGCCGGAGCAGAUGUACGAGCUGAUGAAGCAAAUGAAGCUGUGCAUUGUUAGCAAUCCCUCGGAAGCACGUCAGAUGCUUAUGCUGAAUCCGCAGUUGGCCUAUGCUCUGCUACAGGCCAUGGUGGUGAUGCGCAUCGUUGAUCCGCAACAGGCAUUGGGUAUGCUUUUCAAGGCUAACCAAAUGCCUCCCGUUCUGGGUGGCAACCCUCACGCCAAUUCGGGUCCCAUGCCCAUGGGCUCAGCGCCACAGCAACAACCAGCGCCGCAGCAGCAGCCGCCCGUACAGCCAGGGGGUGUUGGUGGUCCUGGACCGAUGCAGCCCAUGCCUGUGCCCGGGCCGAACUUCAAUAACAUGCAUUCGAAUGACAUCGACUUGCGCAUGGUACCCGGUGGGCCGGUUAAUAUGGAUCCACGUAUGAUGGGUCGUAAUCUGGACCAGGACAUGCGCCAGGUGCCAGGCCCCAUGCCCAAUCCCGUACCGCCGCCACUUAUGGAUCCACGCACUCGCGCCCAAAUGCAGCCGCAACAACAGCAAGGACCGCCAGCCGCCCCCAUUCCAUACCCAAGCGAUCCACGCCAGCGUCCAAUGGAUCCUCGUCUACGUGGUGCCAUGCCACCAGGACCGGUGCAACAGCAGCAGCAGCCGCCUCCACAGGUGCAGCAGACAGUGACUCAGCAGCAGCAAUCGGCGGCGCUGCAGCUGCAAAGUCGAUUGGGUGCCCAUGGCGUGUUGCCAUCGGAUGCCUCAGACCAGGAGAAGGCCGCACUCAUUAUGCAGGUGUUGCAGUUAUCUGACGAUCAGAUUGCCCAGCUCCCGCCUGAGCAACGCGCCAGCAUUCUGGUGCUCAAGGAGCAAAUAGCCAAAACCCGAACUGCACGAUAAAUAAAUAAUUUGCGACUUUUAUUGUACAACAUUUGAAUGGGAAACUAAUAAUAAAGAUUAAUCAAGAGGA